AUGAGGAUUUUAAUCUUCAACAUAAUAUUUUACAUAAUCUAUGGAUACAGAUACAUAUAAUAUGAAACAGGAAAUAAAAUACUAGCACCAGGUUCAACUGGUCAUAUUUUGGAAACAACAUAAACACUUCCACGAUAUCUUGAGGUUGAUAUAUAAUUUUAGACACCAUUUGUUAUUGAACCCUAAGUGUUUCUAUCAAUAUCAUUAAUAGAUUCGAAUCGUACUGAUCCUUCAGGAUUCAUAGAAAAAGUUAGAUUGGUUACAACGACAGGUAUUAUAUAUAGUAAAUCAAUAUAAAGGAUUUAAAGUACGUAUAAAUGCAGUUUCUAAAUAUGGUCUUCAUGGAUUAGCUAUUGAUUGGUAUGCAUUUGAUGAUUCAAGAAUUUAAGUAAUUACAUUUGAAUCAUCAAAUCUUUAAGAAUUGAGCACUGGUUCAGGAGAAAGAAAAAUAUAUUUUACUCUCAAUCACAAUUUAGAAGAUGCAACAAGAGGUGUAAUAUCUUAAAUGGGAAUUAUUCACAAAUUUGAUGAUCAAAAAGUAGAAUUAAAUGUAUUUAGUUAUUUAAUUAUUAUUAUAGAUUGAAUAAAUAACUUAAAAUUCUGUUACUGUUUCUGUAAGAACAGACCAUCAAACGUAAAUAGAUUAUAUAAAAUUUAAUGUUCUUUUAGGAACAGAUUAAUCAUUAUGGACAUCUUCUAUACGAGAUUAUUUAGUAGCUUCAAAUCAUCAUUUUAUUUACAAUAAUAGACUUAAUAACUAUUUCUAAGCUGCUAAAGAAGAAUUAUAAAUACCAUUUCCAUCAGAAUGGUAUACUGAUAUAAGUGUUCCAAUGUUUAUUAUGAGAGGUUAUCAUAAUUUUAAGGGAGAAAAUAUCAGAGUGUUUUAUUAAGAUUAGAGAUUUCAAUAAAAUCAUAUUUUUGCCACUAUUGGAACAUGUAUUCUUUAUUUAAGCUACAAUAGGGUGGAAUUCUACAUUAUAUGAAUUUUUUUAUUAAGGUGCCAUAUAUUAUCCUGAUCCUAAUUAUAGAAAUUUUGAUCUAAAUUGUGCAGAGUUUUUCUCUGAAUGCAAUUUUAAUGGUGACUCAUUUAUUAUUUGUGAUAAAAUACAAGAUUUAUCUGGAUUAUUUAAACCAAUUAAAUCUAUAUCAAUACCUAUUUAUAGAAAAUUGAAUCUUUUCAAUGAAGUAAAUUAUAAAGGUAAUAAAAUAUCAUUUGUUCAAAAUUAACAAUGUAUUUCACUUAAUGAUAAAUUAUCAGCCAAAUUUUAACCAAUUAUUUCAUUUAUAAAAAUCUUCUUUUUUGAUACAGAUAUUAAUCCAACCUGCUUUACUGUUACUUUCUAUAAUCAAUGUAAUUAUUCAGGAAUUUCAUAUACAGUAAGAAGAGGAGAACAUUUAAAAUUAUCAAAUUAGAUUCCAUUUUAAAUCAAAUCAAUUAAAUUAUGUCCAUUUAUGGUUGUCAGAUUUAAAGAUCCAAAAUUUUCAAGUGGAAUUACUUAAGAAUAUACUUCAUCAUAAACUUGUUUAGAUAAUUAUUAAGUAUUUUUUUGUAAUCAUUUAAUAUUAGUUUCCAAAAUAUAGAUCCUCAAAUUGA